GCAGAGCCGCAGGGCGAUUCGUUUCUUUGCAGUCCAUCCUCAGCCACAGAGGGUAGCCAGGAUCGCCCUGCCAGCCAGACGUCCACAUCCGAACCGCUCCAGGCUCUGGCUCCAUUUGGUGAGGAUCUCCGACGCCCGCUGCCCUACGCUGUCAGGAUGGAGGGGGCUCUUCUUCGACCUUCUUUUCUUUUGCUUCUUCUGCUCUUACAGCUUGGAGAGUACUCCAGAGCAGCCGCAGACGAGACGGAGCUGACCGGGAUUCUGGGAGGAUCGGUCACUUUCCCCCUGAGGAUCUCAGCAGCACAGAAAUUUAAAAACGGGGCCUGGUCGGUAAACACAAAGAGUCUAGUCACCGUCACCGCAGGGAAACCUCCCCGCGUCCUGGUGUUUGACCCAUCCUACGAGGGACGCCUGCGAUUCUCUGAUGAGAGCUACUCGCUUCAGAUCACCGACCUGAGGAUGGAGGACACGGGCAGCUACACCGUCGAAUUCAGCACAGACAAAGAGCAAUUCGCCUACAGAGAAUUCACGCUGCACGUGUCCAAGGGACAACUGCCACCCACCAUCGCCUGUGACUCAGUGGCCUGUGAGGAUGAUGCCUGUAUCUACACCCUGCGCUGCACCGUCAGGGAUGGAAGGGAGAACGUGACCUACAGCUGGAGUAACGCCCCCAGCAGCGUUCUGUCCACGGACUCCAUCGUGCACAUCCCUCAGCGGCACCAGGCAGCUCGGGAGGACGUCACCUGCAUGGCACGUGCCCCCGACGGGAACAGCUCCAGGAGGACGGUCUCCCCGAAGGACUUCUGCGCAGAGCAAGUGCCGGCGACAACGAUUGUCUGUGACUCGGUGACCUGUGACAAUGGAACCUGUCACUACACCAUGCGCUGCGUGGCCGGGGAGAGAGGGGGACAGGUGGCCUACAGCUGGACUCAAAAGGACAGCGGCGUGGUCGUAUCCACCAGAGCCACUCUGCGCGUCUCUCGGAGACCUUUCGAGGCUCUGCCGGCCGUCAUCUGCACAGCCCGGCACCCCGCCAGUAACAGCUCCAGGAUGAUCUCCCCGAAGGACCUGUGUCCAGGUAACCCCCCGGAUUCCCCACCAGACCGGUCCCUGGCCUCGUUGCUGUCCUACCACCUCAUCAUCCUGCUGCUGGCGCUGGGAGCCCUGAGCGCCGGCCUCAUCGUGUAGCACGGCCUCCCCGGCAGGGAGCAGAGAUGGGACCAAGACCAGAGGAGCUUCCACUGCGACUGCCAAUCCCACCAGGCACAGGCAUUCCCCAGCCUGCCAGGCCAAGGGAUGCAAGGGUGGGAGGAUAGGGGACACUCACUUGCAGCGUCCGAAGGGUUAAUGUCACUGCGUGGGGAGCGAAGCAGAAACACUGGGUCCGGCAAUGGGGCUGUCAACUAUCUGAGCCUAUGGUGGAUCUCGUUAUUCACAUAAAUAUCUGGGAUUGGUUGUAUUUUAAUACGGAGGAUAUCUGGUAGCAGUGAGUUCCACAGGUUAACUCCCCAUCUCAUAAAUAAAGUCUCUGCCUUUUGA